AUGUCAUUCGGUUGUUUCUUCAUACAACAAGUUGAACCACGUCCAUUGAAUGCAAUUGGUAAAACAGCUGGAAAAUUACUAUCUAUCUUGGGAACCGGAACGUAUUACGAUGUCGGUGCUGGAUUGGGUUCUUGUGGAAAAAUGCACCAUGAUAAUGAAAUGGUGGUGGCUGUCAAUCAUGCUCAGAUGAAGAAUGGAGGCAACCCAAACAAAAAUCCUCGUUGCGGUAAGAAGGUGAAAAUUGUGGGCAAAACAAAAAAAGCUGUUGAGGCGACCAUUGUUGAUACAUGCCCUGGCUGCGCUAAAGGAUCAUUAGACAUGUCUCCACAACUGUUCAAAAAGGUUUGUGGUGCGCUUACGCUUGGUGUCUGUCAGAUAAAAUGGGGCUUUAUUUAG